CACUGAAAUAAUUUUGAGCUGAGGCACACAACAGAGACGAUAAGUAUCUAGUGGAAAAGUCGCCGAUUAUGGAUCUGGACAAAUCUUCGGUCUGGGGCUCCUUGAAGCAAAGGACAAGACCUCUGUUACUGAACUUGAGUAAGAAGAAAAUAAAGAAAAACUCCAACAAAGUUAUCACAUUACAGAAAAAGCAUCAGCUGGACCGGCGCCUGAGUAUCUCAGUUCCAGACCUGCUGGAGGCCACGUCUCUAGCCCCAGCUGGACAUUCAGGGCAACAAGUCCCUUUCACUUCUGUCCCCAGCUGCCUUUCUACAGCAGGGAUGUCCCAGAAAAGCAGCAGCGGUUCCUUGAGGCAAUCUGAAGUUGACUUUCAGUGUAGUCUGGAAGAGGGAGUUGAUAGCAGUGUGGCAGAAACAGAUCCCGAAGAUGUGUAUGUCUCUGUCUUGGAGAGGAGGGCAUCCAGUGAUGGCAUCUUUGAUCUAACCCAAUCGCUUUCUCUGAGUGGUGAAACAACAGAAGAUAUCGAGAAUCCAGGUGGAAGUAGUGAUUUGGAUGCUUCCAUGACCUCUCAGCUUUUUGAAGAGCAAUCUACUUUUGAGGAAGCCAGUGAUGACUUGAGUUCCCUCCCCAGUCAUUUUGCCUAUCUCCUCACCAUCCACCUCAAAGAAGGCCGGAACCUAGUCAUCAGAGAUCGGUGUGGUACGAGUGAUCCAUAUGUGAAAUUUAAACUAAAUGGGAAGACUUUAUACAAAAGCAAAGUCAUAUAUAAAAACCUGAACCCAGUUUGGGAUGAAAUAGUUCUAUUGCCAAUACAGAGCCUUGAUCAAAAGCUGCAUGUUAAGGUAUAUGACCGAGAUCUAACUACAUCUGACUUCAUGGGCUCUGCAUUUAUAAUCCUUAGUGAACUUGAACUCAAUAGAACUACUGAAUAUAUUUUAAAAUUGGAAGAUCCAAAUAGUUUAGAAGAUGACAUGGGAGUGAUUGUGUUAAAUUUGAAUCUGGGAGUCAAACAAGGGGAUUUCAAGAGACCUAGGUGGUCACAUCAGAAGAGACUAAGUACAAAUAAGUCCUCUUUGAUUCGAAGCCUCCGACUUUCAGAAUCCUUAAGGAAGUACCAACUCUGGAAUGGGACCAUCAGUAUCACUUUGUUAGAAGGGAAGAAUCUUCCUGGAGGAACCAUAACAAAGAUAUUUGUCUUGUUAAAAUUCGGCGAUCAGAAAUAUAAGAGCAAGACACUGUGUAAGAGUGCAAAUCCUCAGUGGAGGGAACAGUUUGAUUUUCACUACUUCUCUGACAGGAUGGGCAUAUUGGACAUUGAGGUCUGGGGGAAGGAUAACAAAAAACACGAGGAACGCUUGGGGACGUGUAAAGUGGACAUUGCGGUACUGCCACUCAAGCAAGCCAAUUGUUUAGAACUGCCACUGGAAAACCAACUGGGGUCACUACUUAUGCUGAUCACACUUACGCCCUGCUCAGGAGUGUCUAUCUCUGAUCUAUGUGUCUGUCCUUUGGCAGACCCCAGUGAGAGAAAGCAGAUAUCCCAGCAAUAUGGCUUCCAGAACUCCCUGAAAGAUGUGAAGGAUGUUGGCUUUUUACAAGUGAAAGUUUUAAAGGCAUUAGAUCUCUUAGCUGCAGAUUUCUCAGGAAAGAGUGACCCUUUCUGCUUGUUGGAAUUGGGCAACGAUAGGCUUCAAACGCAUACAGUUUACAAGAACCUCAAUCCCGAGUGGAAUAAAGUGUUUACGUUCUCUAUUAAAGACAUCCAUGAUGUACUGGAAGUGACAGUGUUUGAUGAAGAUGGAGAUAAACCACCUGAUUUCCUUGGAAAAGUUGCCAUCCCCUUGCUGUCUAUUAGAGAUGGACAGCAAAGUUGUUAUGUAUUGAAGAAUAAAGAUUUAGAACAAGCUUCCAAAGGAGUUAUCUAUUUGGAGAUGGAUGUCAUAUAUAAUCCGGUGAAAGCAAGUAUCAGAACUUUCACACCACGAGAAAACCGUCUAAUUGAAGAUAGCCGCAGGCUUUCAAAAAAGAUCUUAUCCAGGGAUGUUGACCGGGUGAAAAAAAUUACCAUGGCAAUAUGGAACACACUACAAUUCCUUAAAAGCUGUUUCCAGUGGGAAUCUACAUUGAGAAGUGUAAUAGCAUUUGCGGUGUUUCUAAUCACAGUGUGGAAUUUUGACCUGUAUAUGAUCCCACUGGGUUUAUUGUUGCUCUUCAUUUACAACUUCACCAGACCCACUAAAGCGAAAGUGUGCAACAUCCAGGACAGGCAGGAAAGCACAGAUCUGGAAGAUGAUGAUGAUGAAGAAGAUGAUAAGGAAUCUGAGAAAAAGGGGCUAAUUGAAAGACUCUACAUGGUCCAAGACAUUAUUACUACAGUGCAAAAUAUCUUAGAGGAAAUUGCAUCCUUUGGAGAGAGAAUUAAAAACACAUUCAACUGGACUGUUCCAUUUCUCUCGACCCUGGCCUGCUUAAUUCUGGCUGUAGCCACUGUUGCCUUGUACUUUAUACCUCUGCGCUACAUUAUUUUAAUUUGGGGCAUAAAUAAAUUUACUAAGAAGCUCAGAAAUCCCUAUUCCAUCGAUAAUAAUGAGUUCCUGGAUUUCCUCUCCAGGGUACCGUCUGAUGUUCAAAAGGUGCAGUAUGCUGAAUUGAAACCAUACAGCAGCCACAGCCCCCUUAGGAAGAAACGGAGUGCUCUGUAGAUCACAGACUGGCUUUGGAACGCUACAUCCCCUUCUUUUGGCUUGCCCCAGAUCACCCUAAGCAUUGCAGUUGGUCUGAGCUGAUGUGCUGGAAGGUUGCCCCUUUUUAGACUUCCAUUCCCUCUUAUGAGAGCCUACCCAGCAACCACUUUUUGUUUUGCACAGAGAUUGGAGAAGGUGAAACCCAGGGCCUGAUUGUUUCCAUAAUGUAAGAGACAGUGCUCCAUUAUCUUACCGGAACUGGGCCCAGACUACCAGAGUCAGUUUCCUCUGUUUGUAGAGAGCAAGAGACCACUCCUCAGCCCCGCUGAUCACCAUUCUAGGAGAUGCUUUAAACUUGUUUUAAUGCUUCUAAUAGAUUUGGAUUUGGAAGGAUUUUUUUCUCCUUCAUUUAAGUCAUUGGGCAUAGAAGGCUUUUGUUCUGAAUGAAGAAGUCUUUGUUAUCCAUCGUCUGUUCAGAUAAUAUGAAUUUUUCAAGUUUUUUCCAUGAUUUCCAAAAAUAGCUUGAAGCACCGAGUGUUCCAACAGUGACUACCUGAAAAUUGCAUGGAAGAAUUUAAUCAGUCCUUCUCUGCCAGAUAGCCAAUGUCUCCAUCAUGAGGUCAGGUGUGGGGUUCAUUGCCGACAAUGGACACUCUGAAACUCCUGAGGGGAAAUGAUUAACCUAAUGUAGGAAACACAAACACUGGGACUUGAAAAGACCAUUGCCUUCAUCACUCUGUGUCAUAUGAUGUUUUUCAGCAUCAUUAUAUGCAUUAAAUUGUCUUAAAGCGAUGACAACACUACACUGCAGCUAUAAGCUCAUUACAGGAAGGCAACGUGUCCGCAAAUUCUGUUGAAAUUUACUCUCCCAAGCACUUCAGAUGAUGCUCUGCACAUAGUAAGCAAACAAUAAAUACCACUGAUUGGCUGAUUGAUUGAAGUGAAGGACAGUUCUUCAGCUAACUUCAGUUGGGGACAAAGAAAAAUAUUGUUGUGUCCCAACUUUGUUAUUUUUUUAAUGGUAUUCAUUAAGUACUUACAAUGUGUCAAGCACUGUUCUAAGCA